UUGUCCAUCUUUUGUAUACAGUCAGUGGUUUCAUCUCAUUGGUUGAACUGACCUCUUAACAAUGCAUUUAUAUUACCAUUGUAUUACAAUAGUUCCAUACCAUUUACUUGAAUUAUGUGCUUUGUAGCAAUUUAUGAAAGGGAGAAAGAAAAUUACUGUAUGAAGGCGGGUUAGUGUUGGCCCAGGAAACACCUGAGAGUUGGAGGCCACACAAAGCUCUCUCUCUCCUAUUCUGCUAGGCGAAGCAUCAAUUAUUCAGCUUGCUGUAAAUGUGGGACAAGAGGAGGUCAGGCGAGAUUCUUCCCUCCAUGCUGUGGAUGAUGCUGACUUGCCAGAAGGGUGGUGAUGAUCAUCAUCGGGCUGAUGAUAAUAUGUUAUUAUCAUUGCUGACACGGAUUCAGUGAUGGAUGAUGACUCACACAGAGAAACACUUGUGCGUAGAAUACCUCUGCGUUGUCUCGACUUUGCUACGAGUCUACACACACACAUACACUCACAGAGAGAGAGAAAGGCUAUUGAAAUAUUUCAACAGGGAUAAGCCUGAAUGAUGACACAGACAGAGCGCCCUGAUACAGUAUAGAUGAACCUGCUCACCACAGUACCCCGUGUUGCCAUAGCAACAAUGUAAGGCCUUUCGACAAGUCAGGAGGGUCAGAAGGAAGAGUUGUGAUAGGAGAUACGUUUUGAAUGUGAACUUUGUUGCUCUCUCGCCUCUUUUUCCUCCUCAAUCAAUGCUACAGUGUUGGUCCGCGCUGCUGCACGAUCAACAAUGAAAUUAAAAACUCCUUAAGGAAACUCGAGGAUAAAGGUUGGCGGGGCUGACACCCACUGUUUCCUGUGAGGAAUGAAUGACCAGGCUGCAGACAGGAGCAGAGGACACUGCAGUGGUUCAGCAGCUGGUAUGGUGCAACAGCUCAAAAACCUCUUCUGCUAUGACGAGCCUGCUUAUGUGUUUAUGUUGUGUGCUGUUGGAUCUUAUGGCAGUCCACAGCCGUGUGCUCAUGCAGGGCCGUAUAGUAGGUGGUCACACCGCUGCAAAAAAUUCCAUCAGAUACCUCGUGUCACUGCAGAGCACCAGCGGCCAACACUUCUGUGGUGGAUCACUAGUUCACAGGUACUGGGUCCUGACUGCAGCGCACUGCAACAUCGGGGCAGAGCAAAUGAUGAUAGUGGCAGGCGACUACAAGGUAAACAUCUUUGAGGGUACUGAGCAGUACGCUAAGCCCCGCAUCUUGGUCAUCCAUCCGCUGUACAACAGGAGCACCAACAACGCAGACAUCAUGCUCAUUAAGCUGCGGGCUCCCAUGGUUCUGAACAAAUACGUGUCGCUGGCGCCUCUUCCCAGGCAGGGGACAGGUGUAGCUGAAGGCCACGUGUGUCGGGUGUCUGGGUGGGGCUACAAUAGUCUGGAAGGAGGCCAGGUGCCUGUCACACUCAGGACAGUCACAGUGCCCAUUGUCUCAACUGCAAGGUGUAACAGCAGCGACUCCUUUAAUGGAAACAUCACAGCAAACAUGAUCUGUGCUGGCUACAGCACUGGAGGCAAAGAUGCAUGCAAGGGAGACUCCGGUGGGCCGCUGGUGUGUGACAGACGGGUCUAUGGAGUUGUAUCCUGGGGCAAUGGUUGUGGUGAUGCUAAGUUUCCUGGAGUCUACACGGCCGUGUCCAGAUUCCGCCGGUGGAUAGAUCAAACCAUCUACGGGUCAUACCUGCGUUGCUUCAAACCGUGGAGAUAGUGAAAGCAGCCAUUUGUGCCUGAAAGGAAACAUUCCCAUAAACACAUUUAAGUUAGCAUGGAUAGGAAGUGGUUCUGUUGGAAGCUGCAGUGGCUCUUGAGAAAAACAUUGCCGUGAUAAUUCAGAUCACCUUUUGAAUAUAGUUAAAUGCUGGAUAUUCUCAAAUAAUUAUUAUGAUUAUAGGAUUCACUAGAAUGUGCACCAUUUACAGCUACUGUAAAUGUAAUUAUAGUAGAGCUCACAGAUUUGUGAAACUUUUUUGAUUCCAAUAAAACACUCUGGGGCUGGUGUGGAGUUGUGUCAGGUCUGAAUGCUGAAUGACGAAAAUCAGUUUUGGUCAUAGUUUGACUUUUGCACAAAAAAGAUAAAUAGAAAAAUCUGAUCAUGUACUUUCUAUCUUGAAAUUGUGCAUUCUAUCACUUAAACUAAAAAACAACAACCAAAACACUUAUUUCUAAUCGGUUUCUCAUGUGGUAUACACUCAACUAGUAAUUAUUUAAAUGCUAAAACUGGCUUGGACCCCAUUUUUUCGUGGCACAUCUUAAAGGUGCUCUACUGGACUGAGUUCUGGUGACUGUGGAGGCCAUUUGACCACGCUGAACUCAUUAUCAUGUUCGAGAAACCACAGUGAGAUGAUCUGAGUUUUGUGACAUGUCCAGUUAUCCUGCUGGAACGAGUUAUCAGAAGAUGAGUACAUUGUGAUCAUAAAGGGAUGGACGUGGUCUGCAACAAUAAUCAGGUAGGCCGUGGUGUUUAAUCAUGCUCAUGCUGAAUCAUCGAUACAGCUACGCUGUAAUAUGUUGCACGUUCAGAAAUGCUCUUCUGCGUACCUUGAUUGUAACCAGUGGUUAUUUCAUGUUCUGUUUAAAAGCAGGCUAGCCACUUGCCUGUUUGUACUUUGAAGUCUUCCCCCACAACUUGCACUUCAGAGCCACGUGUAGCACCCUUUGGUUCCACACCUUGCUGCGUGGCAUCUCCCUCAAUCUUCCCCCCCUGCCUUCCUGUCUAUGUCUCACUGUGACUCUGAUAAAUGCAAGAUAGCAAAAACAAUGAAGAAUUUGAGGCAGCAUUUGAGUCAGUAUCUAAUGACAAUAUAUGGAGUCAUUUAUUUGAACAAACCACACCCACACAGGCCUGAAAGAGAAGUUCAUCUGAGUUUUAACUACUGCAGUGUUUAUUCUUUAAAUAAAUUUAAAAAAAAUCUAAUUUAACUAGUCAUAAAGCUGUAAUUCCACGAAGACAUACUCGAGCCAAGUUCAGUAUAACGUGAGCAUCAAACCAGCUUAUUCAGCAGCUCCCCUGAAGCUUUAGGAAAGAAAACAUGACAAAUACUUGAUUUAGCAGACAAAAAAAAAAGAAUUUACAAGAAACAAAAUGCACUCUUUCACAAUCCAACACUCUCAAGGGUUUACUGCUACUAUUUUAUUGGGUUACUUGUCUUCAUUGCUUGGGAGCUUUAAGACCAAAAACCAGUCUUGAUGGCAAUGUAACCACAUUUUGUGAAAAAUAUUGUUCUUUGAGAUGCUCUCAUAUGAAAGAAGGAUCUUCUGAUAAAAUCAUUGCCACCUCAGCUCCGAAGGGAGGAGGUGUGUCAUGACGGCACAUAAAAGUUAGCUCUGCUGCAGGCUCCCAUAUCAUUUUUCAUUUCAUUGUCUGUGUAAUGAUAUUUAGGGAAGUUCCUCUGAGAAAGGAUAGUCUAUCUCAAGACUGAAUACCUGUCCGUUCCUCCAUGCCCUAUCUGUUUUGUAAGACGGUCCAUUGUACUGUCAUACCUAUAGAAGUGAGAUUAAUGCAAACAGUAGACAGCAGUGGGUGGUAAAAAAAAAGCUCCAGAGGAAUCAGUUUAACCAAACACCUUUUCAGGCUGCGUUAGACUUUUCUGUGCUAACAUGAGGCGAAAUGUUCUCAGUGUGGAUCCUAUUAUACUAUUACAGCAUAUGUAUUUAUGUUAUGAAGAAAAAAUUCAUACUGUUUUCUUUCUGGGCGGUCUACUUGAUAUUUAGCCAUCGUUUCUGUAACGUGGGUUAUAUUUUAAACAAACACAGUCACUGCUUUGUUAUGCUAACCCUCGUUCUUUUCACUCCAAAAUGCUGAUGUGCAGUUUCCCGAGAUACUGUGGGCAAUAACGUGAAAACAGCACCAGGGCCUCAGCUGGGAACUUAAAGUGCGCCACGGGGCCAAAAGUCACAUCCCAGCCUGUGAAAAGACUGCCAUCAUCUGGUGAGGUUUGACGGUCUCUUAAACCCCACGAACCCUAAUAAAA